GGUAAAGCAAAUGGUUCUCUGUAUUUAGAUGAUGGUGAAACAUAUGACUACGAAAAAGGACAAUUUGUUCACCUUCAAUUUACAUUCUCAAAUAGAACACUUAUUUCUAAAUCAUUAACAUUACUUAAAAAUGAUAAAAAUUUAUAUGCUCAAUCAAUUAAUUCUGUUCGUGUUGAACGAAUCAUAGUAUUAGGGCUUGAUUUAAAACCUAAAAGUGUUUUUGCAAAUUGCAUUGAUGGCAUAAAAACUCUUAAACGUGAAUUACAAUUUGGCUUUGCUGCUACAACUUCAGCUGAUGUAAUUAUUAUAAAAGGUGCAGAUUUGUUGAUCACCGAGGAAUGGA